ACAUUGAACAGUUCUGUCAAAGCAUUCACCGUCUCCGCAGUGUGGAAAUUUUGAGAAGCAAAAAGAAACUAUUCAUUUUCUGGUAAACUAUCUCAAAACUAUCCACCUGAAAUGGCCGAUCUAGCUGCACCGGUUCGCGUUUCACCGCUGAUUAAGUUUGGACGGUGGUCAUUCCUUGCUCUUGGAGUUGCCUAUGGAGCGUACCACCAGUCGCGUCUGGCUAAGCGGGAAGUCGGUAUCCGGGAAAUCGAAGCCCAACAGAAGAUUGUUCGUGAUGCCAAAUUGGCCGAAGAGAAGAAACGCAGUGCUGCAGAGGAAGCCAAGGCACUCGCUGAACUUUCAGGCCCUGUCAAGAAGUAGGUUGUAACGUGAGUUGUUAGUCCUUUAUUUUUAAUCGUACCAACGUACACAUACCGUAAAUCGAUCGCGAAACAAUAGAAAACUGCUCCCAUGGAAUUAUCGCAAGUGAAUAAAAACUUAUUGGUUCUCUAA